GCAAAACCCAAAUGGAAAACGCCCAAUAGCCUCUUCCUUCUUUCCCCUACUUUGAAAUCCUGGAAUCCGAUCUCUUCUGCCGAUGAUUUGGUCUCCGAUCGGAGGACCGUCGCAGCCUCGCCUGUGGACCUCCGAUGCGAUUUAGGGCUUUGCGUUCGGAUAGCUGGUGACGACGGUCUCGGAAGAAGCUCGGAAGUCUUUGUCGUUGCCGCAGCACUCGCCAUGGCCGCGCCAUUCUUCUCCACGCCUUUUCAGCCCUACGUUUACCAGAGUCCUCAAGAUGCUGUCAUACCCUUCCAGAUUUUAGGUGGUGAAGCACAGGUGGUCCAGAUAAUGUUGAAGUCACAAGAAAAAGUUGUUGCGAGACCUGGUUCUAUGUGCUUCAUGUCUGGGUCUAUUGAAAUGGACAAUGUUUAUCUACCUGAGAAUGAAGCGGGUAUGUGGCAAUGGCUUUUUGGCAAGAAUGUGACGAGCAUAAUUCUUCGAAACCCUGGUCCUGAUGAUGGAUUUGUUGGAAUAGCCGCACCUUCUCUUGCAAGAAUUCUCCCGAUUGACCUGGCUAUGUUUGGUGGAGAAAUUUUAUGCCAGCCAGAUGCAUUUCUCUGCUCUAUCAAUGAUGUGAAGGUCAGUAGUACAAUUGAUCAGAGAGCACGCCAUGUGGUUACUGGUGCAGAGGGUUUUUUGAGACAGAAACUCUCGGGCCAAGGACUUGCAUUUUUAGCUGCGGGUGGGUCUGUUGUGCAGAAGAUUCUUGAGGUCGGAGAAGUCUUAGCUGUCGAUGUAUCCUGCAUUGCUGCUGUAACAGGCACGGUUAAUAUCCAAAUUAAGUACAAUGGUCCCAUUAGAAGAGCGGUCUUUGGGGGCGACAAUCUAGUAACAGCUGUUCUGACGGGGCCAGGGAUCGUGUUCAUCCAGAGUUUGCCCUUUCAUAGACUUUCUCAGCGGAUCGCUCGGUCCGUAACCUCUCCAAACAUGAGGGAGAACCCCAAGUUUUUCGUUCAGAUAGCCAUCUUCUUCUUUCUUGCUUAUGUUGUGAUUGUAUCUUCAUUGAUCUUGACAGAUGUAUAACUUUCUCUUUUACCUUUCUGUAGCCUGAUUUUUUCCGGACCCUCUUAGAUCUUUUGACUGAUUGUCAUGCAAGUUCAUCCUUUAUGGUAUAGGCAGAUAUAUGCAAAGAAAGAAUUUCAAUCGGUGUUUGAA